ACCUGAUGGUUUUCUUCAAACCAAUGACCGAAAACCUCAAGACAACAGAACGCAGAACCCAUAUCUGCACGCAAUAAAUCCCAUUGAGUGAAGAAGCCAAGUGCUGUUAUGUAUAAAAAUUAGAAAUAUGCUUCUAUGCUAAAGAAACAAGCUCAUAUUCUAGUGACGGAGGACUCACUUGUCAGUGCAAUAGUUUCAAUAUCUUCCACAUCUGCUCCGUGGGUUUUGUAACUCAGUGUGUGAAAAACAAUUGUAUGGAUCUUUAUUCCUUCUUUGCCCCGGUGAACUGAAAAAUAAAGACAAAAACUUGCUCUUAUUGGCUUUCAAAGCAACAUUGAACAAAGACCUGAUGCCAGUUUACAUACUGAUGCACAGAUCGUGAACUAGAAAGGCACUUAUCUGUCUGUCUAUCUAUCUAUCUAUCUAUCUAUCUAUCUGUCUGUCUAUCUAUCUAUCUAUCUAUCUGUCUGUCUAUCUAUCUAUCUAUCUAUCUAUCUGUCUAUCUAUCUAUCUGUCUGUCUGUCUAUCUAUCUAUCUGUCUGUCUAUCUAUCUGUCUGUCUAUCUAUCUAUCUAUCUAUCUAUCUAUCUAUCUAUCUAUCUAUCUAUUGAUCUAUCAUCCAUCCAUCCAUCUAUCUAUCUAUCUAUCUAUUUAUCUAUCUAUCUAUCUAUCUAUCUAUCUAUCUAUCUAUCUAUCUAUCUGUCUGUCUGUCUGUCUAUUUAUCUAUCGAUCUAUCAUCCAUCCAUCCAUCCAUCUAUCAUCUAUCUAUCUAUCUAUCUAUCUAUCUAUCUAUCUAUUAUCUAUCUAUCUAUCAUCCAUCCAUCUAUCUGUCUGUCUGUCUGUCUAUUUAUCUAUCUAUCUAUCUAUCUAUCUAUCUAUCUAUCUAUCUAACGUAUAUGACAAAAAAUGUACGUAUAUCGCUGAUAGGAGGCCAACUGUCAUGUAUGGGGAGAAUAUUUUUGUGAUUUCAUUUUUUUUUUAAUUUUACUGAUUUAUUUAUGUUUUAUUAUUUCCUUUAUUUGUUUUAUUAUUAUUUUUAAUUCUUUCAAUGUGGAGCACCUGCAGCAAGUGAGUUGCCGUCAUUUUCAGAGCCCACCAGAUGGCGCUCUCUCCUCUAAAAAUCACUGCUUUUGAACAGCUACUUCAAUGAAGCCUCACAUUUCUAAAGCGAGAGCGCCACCUACUGAGCUCUGACAAUAACCACAGUGUUUCAUAAAGCCUCAGCAGCCUGUCUCUACCUGUAGAUCUCCACUGCAGGUGACGGGUGGCUGCCUCAGCUCCGUAUGAAUCCCCUGGAGAAACUAAAGAAACAUUUUUUCCAUCUUCCAUUAAACGACUCCCACUUAUUAGUAAAAGCAGCGCCGGUCUGUGGCCGCGGCAGCAUCGCUCUCAGCCAACUCAGGGCAGGAUGUCGGAGGGAGACCUCAUGCUGUUUCCGCCGGCCGCUCUGGAGCGGCCCAGGCAGGAGUACCGGGAGCUGACCAGACUCUACUGCCACAACGGAGGGUACCAUCUCCGGAUUCUCCCGGACGGGUCGGUGAGUGGAGGCAGGCUGGAGGAGGACCCACACGACGUCCUGAGACUGAAGGCGGUGAGCGUGGGGGUGGUGGUGAUCACCGGGGAGGCGACAGGACGACACCUGGCCAUGAACAAGAGUGGACGUCUCUACGGAUCACAAACGCUCAGUGACGAAUGCCACUUCCUGGAGAAGUAUGAGGAGAACCACUACAACACGUAUCGCUCUCAGAAGUACAACUGGUAUGUGGCCCUGAAGAGGAACGGCCAGCCCAAGUCGGGCCCCGACACUGGCCCGGGACAGAAGGCCGUGCUCUUCCUGCCGAGACCUGCCGGCAGCGGUUAAAACUUCAGCUUUACUUCUGAACCGAUGGUUCCACCCGGCUCUGGGAGGUGAAGGAGGUGAAGGUCCGGUAUCGUAUCUAUUCCUCCACUGCUGAUGUAGGACACGGCUUCACCGGAGCUUGCUGCUCGCAGAGUGUCACGGCUGAUGAAUGCUUCUUCACUUUGAGCCACAGUACGAAAUGCCACAGCUGGCAGACAACAACAGCCCACUUUUGCCCUGAAUAGUUUCGGCAUUGAUCACAUCUCACUAAGAGGAGACCAAUAAAAGAGGAACAUCAAACAUCUGGUGUUUCAUGUGGAGUUGUUCAGCGAGUCAAACUCGUCUUGAUGUUUGAAAGUAAAAACGUGGCUGUGAAGACUGACCAUGAAAUAUAAGCUGAACUGUUUGUGCUCAAAAUAAUACAUGUGUUGUCUUUGUAUAUUAACCUUUUCAAUUGUACAAUAAAUAAUAAAUAAUG